AUGAGGUUCAGUAUCUUCCGUCACUUACGAAGAAGCAAAAAGAACCAAUCUUCUGAUCCCCGCCCUGUUUUCUUCACGCUUGGCCAGCUUACAACCGAGAAAAUGAAACUCCAACAGGAUCUGUAUGAGGCAGUUGACACUAUAACAUCACUUAGGGCACAGCUUGCAGAGUACGAUUUUCUUCUGGCGCAUUUUCAAUCCCGGGAAUCCGAACCUGCCUUUGCAGAACUGCAACUUGAGGAAACCCCAUCUUCAUCGCACAGCUCGCAAAUCAGCCCCAAGACCAGCACCAUUCCAACCUGGAUUGACGAUAUCUGGCUGUGCUCGGGAAAUGACUCACCUCUCAAAGACGCUGAGGACCAGUGGGAGGAUGAUUGUCCCGAAUUUGCCCUGAGCAUUGCUUCACACGCCAUCUGCUCUGACCCAUUCCUCUCGCCAGCCGAGGAGAUGCGCUGUCGCGUGUUCGUGGCCGCGGUCCUUCAUUCUCUAGGACGAUACGAGGAAUCCAACCAGCGCGUAGAAGUGCUUCUGCAAAUGAUCUCCCGCCACUACCUAUUCGACGGUCCCCAUUCCAAAGAUAUCACCGGCAUUGCGCAUUUCAUCCAGGGACGAAACCUCAUGGCCCUCAACCAGGUUCCUGAAGCAUACUGGUCACUGUCGCGAGCGCUGAGCACGCCAGGCUACCACACCAAAGCCCGCGACUACCAAAAGAAAGCCAUCGAGGAAUUCACACGCAACGAGGCUGCGAAUGGAAGUGCCUCGCCAACAGUAUCCCUUCGUCCAUUGCUGAGUUGGAUAGACAGUGAGAGCUCGAUUUGUUCUGACUCUGUGCACCAAUUGGAUGUUUUUUUGACUAGUGAUGUCCACAAAAACUUCUCCCAGACCGAUUGCGAUACACAGGUGCCCGCUGCAUCCGGCCUGGGUGCUCGAACCUUCGUCGACCAGCUGUUUUGUGUUCCUUCCACGCCGCCGAUCAGGGAAACUAGACUGUUUUAG